AUGGCGACCAAUGCCCAGCUUCCGCCCGGCGCUAUUGAGGCAGUCAAUGCACCCAACGAUGACAGUGAAUUUGAUCCCGUUGAAUGGGAUGCCUCGUCCGUUGACUCAGCAUCGGUUACCUCGAGCAUUUACGCUCACGAAUACAAUAAUGGGCGUCGAUACCACAGCUAUCGACAUGGCCGUUACCCCAUGCCCAAUGAUGAGACAGAGCAAAGCCGAGAAGAUAUGAAGCAUACCAUGAUGCUCGAGGUCACCGAUGGCAAGCUUUUCUAUGCUCCUAUUGCGGAAGAUCCCCAGAAAAUCAUUGACAUUGGAACUGGUACCGUGGCCGACCUUUACCCCAGCGCGUCCAUCAUUGGUAUCGACUUGUCUCCCAUUCAGCCAACUUGGACUCCACCCAAUGUCAAGUUUCUUGUCGAUGAUGCUGAAGAUGACUGGCUGAACGGGGAUGACUUUGAUCUUGUCCACUUCCGGGCCAUGUCUCCUAUCCUGCCAAAGCUCGACAAAGUAAUUGGGCAGGCCUACAAUCACAUGAAGCCCGGGGCUUGGAUUGAAUUUCAGGAGCUCCACGGACAGAUUCACUCCGAUGACGGGACCAUGGCAAAGGACGACAAGCUGAAAGAGUUCUAUGAACUCGUCGCCGAAGCCUUCCAGGGCCUCGGUAUGGACUUUCACAAGGCCCGCGACUUGAAACCCCACCUCGAAUCCGCCGGAUUCAAGAACAUCCACUGCGAGGUCAAGAAGAUUCCAGUCGGGACCUGGCCCAAGGACCAGACGCAACGGUUGAUCGGCUACUUCUCGAAACAGGCCAUCAACAUGGCCGCGCCCGCGUUCACCGGUAAACCGUUCGAGGCAAUGGGCAUCUCCAAGGUGGAGGCCCAAGUCUGGUGCGCGACCAUCAAGAAAGACAUGGAGGACAACAGCAAGCACCGCUACUACAACAUGUUUUUCUGGUACGCCCAGAAGCCAGAGAACGCCCCUGCGACUGACGGCGGCGCUGGUGCCUCGGGAGAGGAAGAGGCUUGA